CCUCCGCCACCUGUCAACCUUAAUCAGGCCGGUAUCUGGUGAAGAGCUUCACUCCUCGCUUACUGCCCUGGGUUUCUCGACUUCCACAACUCCAGGGACUUGCCAUGGCCGCUGUGCACAUGGUCGGGGAUGCGACGCUGCCUGCCUUUGGGAGGCAGCCACAGGCAUCAACGGAGACGGAGAACAUCCUUCAGGCGUCGGUUUCGGACUCAGCCCCCAGGACAUCCGGAAGCAUCCCAGUGCCCCUUCUCGAGCUUCCUCCUGAACUUGUCCAGGAGAUUCUAUCUUAUCUCUCGGCACAAGAUCUCGCGCGUCUGUCCGCCGCCUGUCGCGACCUCGCUGAACAUGCGGCGAACGAACUUUUGUGGGCCAAUAUAAUCAACUCCUACCUACCGGAGGCAAUCCACGAUCCCGGGGUCUUUGACUCGUUCCGCAGCCUCUAUGUUGCCCAUCACCCUUGCUGGUUUAUCCCGCGCCAGAAAGUUUGGUUUUCGGACUUGGAGCAUACGGGCAACUUGAUUCUGGCUCGGUACGACCACCGACGGGGAGUCAUUGAAGCCUACCGAAUCAUCGCGGAACGGCGUUCCCACCAAUUUCAAGUUUGGGACUGUAACCCAGACGUCAUCAUCCAGACCUUCAACCCUAAGGUCAGUCUUUGGCUAGAUGAUCCAAUCCUUCUUUUGAAGAAUCCCCGAGAGGGACAACCACAAUAUCUCCGUGGCGAGACACGCAUGCCUUUGCCUCUUGAGAUACAGCAUGUCUUCAACGCCUUUUCCCUCUGCUCCACCCAGCUACCUCCAGAUCUCGACCCGUCCAAACAAUGGCCUCCCAAGACCAUUCCAAGCAAUCACCGCGUUUAUCGGGACGUAGAGUUUCAGCUGCAGGAGGAGGAACGCUGGCCUCGAUACGUGGAAAAUAUGUCUGAACAUGCAUUUCGAAUCAGGAGAUGGGCUCACUUUCGAAUGGGGAUGCCAACCUUCACCGCUGGUCGGAACGAGACACUUUCAACCUUUGCAACACUCGACCCCAAAUUGUAUACCCCUACGAAGAUGAAGCCAUAUCAAGGAAUCUGGAUCGGCGACUACUCGGCGCAUGGAUGCGAGUUUUUGCUUUUCCUCCAACGCGGUCCAAAGGACGAGCACGUGAAACCCACAGAGACUAGCGAGCCCGCCGAGGAAAUUACCCCCCAGUACAGCUUGGAGGCAGUCAAACUCACCGGAGAUCCUAAUGUUCCCCGUGGCGAAAUAUCGUUUGCAGCUGAUGAUACGGGCCCAGGGGGGCUUGUUCGCAUUUCUGAUGAGGCACUCUUCCAAGGAGCACCGAUAGUACGCAGCAGAGGUCAUGUAGCGGGCCUUGGAUUUCGAGAUGAUACGUUCAUUCCCUCCCAGCUUAUCCUAAUCUCGACGGACUGUGUGGCUCACUAUUGGGAAGCUAUGGGCCAUAUCUCUUACUACCGUCGUCUUGACCUCGACGCACUGCUCCGGACUUGACCACCGGUAUCUUACGAGAGUUACGAAUUAACGAGUCAUGACACCUACUCCCUCGCUCAAUGAUGGAUAUGUAUUCGGACCUUUCGCGGGCGAUUCUGUUAAUUAAGUGCAGAAAUUCUGCAUUGUGGCGAUUGGACGUGUGGCGAGGACUUGGUGCACCUGCGUCAGGCUUUAAUAGACCGUUAUGGGUCAAAUUCCACGAGCCCCCUGUGAUAGGGUUCCACUGUGGACACACUCGUGAUUUGGGUCAACCUUGGGGUUUUCAGGCAGCACCAGUCUAACGCUAUAUGAUUACAGAAUCGAGAAUGAAUUGGAGUCAUGGUGCUGAAAGAAUAAUAUAGUUUCGUACCUAGCCACUGACCUGCAAGGGGUGACUGUACGGGCGGAGACAAUCAGCAAUCCAGAAACAGCCUUAAUGGGUAAUUCGGCCGCAAGGGCCGCUGUUACUAGCUAAACAACGGAAAAAAGAGACGACAGUUGAGUUUUCCAUCAACA